UCAUUCUUGUUGUAUAUAUAUUUUAUAGAAGAAAAAUUAAUGUCUUAUUUAUGUGGUUUUACUCUGUCAUUAUCUUUCUGUAAAUGCAUAUUAGCUCUAAUUUCAGUUAACAAAAGAGUAAGGGUAAGGGGAUAACCAGGGGGCCUCCACCCGCACAGAGGAAAAAGUAAGAGGGUGGAGAAAGGAACUGUGUGAGAGGGGACUGGGAGGGGGCAGUAAUUAGGAUGUAAAGUGAAUAAAAAUAUUAGUGGAGAAAGAGAAUAAAGGAAUUAAAAGGUAAACACAUUCCUUUACUUGUAUAUUCUACCCAUUAUAUGAGGGAGUUUUCCAACCUUUCUAUGUGCUUAUUCGUGUGAUUAUCAAUAUACCUUUCAUGUAGAAGAAAAUGCUCUUGAAUAAUUUCCUUAAUCAAAACCUAUGGAGACAUCUUUAGGGUCACUGAAAUAUGACAAAUUUUAGGGAGAACUUUACUUCUUCCACUGCUGCCAAUGACCCUGAGGUCUUCUGGAUAUUUCUGAAGAAAUUCUGCCGAAGCUAAUUCUAUAUCAUAUGCUUCGGAACUGUGUUGUGCUCAUAAGCUGUUACAGUGGCUACUAUGUAAGAGACUGUGAGCUUGACUGCUUUACUUCCUAGUUCACCUUCUGACUCAGUCUAUCUGACACUGUGUCACAGAUAUAAUUCUUUCAUGCAUUAUACAGAAAAGAAAACCAAGUAUCAAAUCUUUUCUGCUAUCUAGCUUGACUUAAAACCCUAGUUUCCCAUAGGUAUGGAGUCUUGGUGAAACAGAAGUGUGGUAACAACAGUUCUCUAAUUAGGCACUCUAAUUAGGGCAUGAGUUGCUUUUCCCUAGGCACUGAAAAGAGUGUGUCAAAAUAAAGCCUUUGCCUAAUGCUUAUCCCCAAGAAAUCCAGUGUUGUGGUUAUAACCUUUCUAUAUGUUUGGCUACAAAGAAAUGAAAACAUUUGGUCAAAGGGAUUCAGGAAGAGCCAUCUGAUAAACUUCUGAGAAUAUGAAUAAGAAGAAUCAGACGAAAGUGACAGAAUUUUAUUUUUCCGAUUUCCCUCAGUUUGAUGAUGGUGGCCUCUUGCUCUUCAUCCUUCUGCUCUGUGUCUACCUGUUCAUUGUUAUUGGGAACUCUAUGAUCUUCUUGGCUGUGCAGCUGGAUGUCCGUCUGCACAAUCCCAUGUAUAGUUUCAUCAGCAUCUUUUCCUUCCUGGAGAUUUGCUACACCACAGUGACCAUUCCCAAAAUGCUCUACAACCUUGUCAGCAGAGAGAAAACCAUCUCCCUCAUUGGCUGCCUACUGCAGAUUUAUUUUUUCCAUUCCUUUGGGGUCACAGAAAGCUUAGUCCUUACAAUGAUGGCCAUUGACAGGUACGUUGCCAUCUGUAACCCUCUCCGCUACGCAAUCAUUAUAACUCCAAAACUAUGCACACAGCUUUCCACAGGCUCUUUCACCCUUGGCUUCCUCAUGCUCCUCCCAGAGAUUGUGUGGAUGUCUACUCUACCCUUCUGUGGCCCCAAUCAGAUUCACCAACUCUUCUGUGACUUAGAACCUGUGCUCCUCUUGGCAUGUACAGACACAUCUAUGAUUCUGGUUGAAGAUGUCAUUCAUGCUAUCUCCAUCUUGAGUUGUGUCUCUAUCAUCACCCUUUCAUAUUUAAAAAUCAUCACCGUGGUCCUGAAAAUUCCAUCUGGUGAGAGCCGUCAGAAGGCAUUCUCCACAUGCACAGCCCACAUCACCAUUUUUGUGCUAUUUUUUGGCAGUGUGUCUCUCAUGUACCUGCGCUUCUCUGUGACCUUCCAACCAUUACUGGAAAAGAUCAUUGCACUAAUGUUUGCUGUCCUUGCCCCAUUUUUCAAUCCUAUAAUCUAUAGCCUGAGAAACAAAGAUAUGAAAAAUGCCAUUAAGAAAAUGGUAUGUUCCCCAAAAAUAUUCACUGUCUCUGGUCACUGAUGUGAGUUUACCCAUGCAUGUUAAUAGAUAUCUCACCCUCUGGGUACGUUUUUUUAAAGCAAAUAAUCUAUUUACAAGAUUGCUUUUUAAGCUUUUGUUGUUCUUGGUUUAAUUUAUCUAUCAAGUUAUUUAUCUUACAUCCCAAUCAUACUUUCCCCUCUCUGCUCUCUUUACAGUCCAUCCUUCUCAGAGAAGGGGAAGCCUCCCAAGGAUAUCAGCCCGCCCUGGAAGUAGGUCCAGGCACAUUUUCUUCUAUUCAGCCUGGACAAGGCAACCCACUUAUUGGAAAGGGAAAGUUAGAGACAGUCCCUGCUGUUAGAAGUCCCACAUGAAAACUAAGCUGUGUAUUAGUUACAUAUAUAGAGGUGAUCUAGAUCUGUCACAUGAGUGCUCUUUCAUUGGUGAUUUAGUUUCUGCGAGCCUCUGUGGGCUCAGGUUAGUUAAUUCUGUAGGUUUUCUUGUGGUAGUUGGGCCCAUGCUCCUUCAAUCCUUCCUCCCUCUCACAAGAUUUUCUGAGUUCUGGCUAAUGUUCGGUUGUGGGUCUCUGUAUCUGUUUCCAACUGCAAGUAUAAAAGAAUAUCAUUAAUAGUGUCAGGGGUGGGCUGUUCUUUAUGGUAUGGUCUUAAAUCAUUGGUUGGCCAUUUCUUUAUAUUUUAAGCCCAUCUUUGUCCCAGAACAUCUUUUGAAUAUAUGACCAGGAGUUAUACAGCUAGGUUUUGAGGUAGAGUUAUUCUAAAUUUUCAGAGAAACUGCCAAAUUCAUUUACAAGUUGAUGGUACAAGAUUCUACUCCAUCCAGUAAUGGAGGAAUGUCCCCUAUGUUCCACAUCCUCACCAUCAUGAGCUGUCACUUGUGUUUUUUAUCUUAGCCCUCAUGUUUUAUAUAAGAUGGAAUGUUAGCAUUGUUUUGAUUUCCAUUUCUCUGAUGACUAAGGUUGUUGAAUAUUUCUUGAAGAGCUUCUUUUUUUUUUUUUUUUGGUUCUUUUUUUCGGAGCUGGGGACCAAACCCAGGGCCUUGCUCUUCCUAGGUAAGCGCUCUACCACUGAGCUAAAUCCCCAACCCCUGAAGAGCUUCUUAUACAUCAGAUAUUUCUCUGUUGAGAAUUCCCUUGAGAAAACAUCCACUGGAGGAAGAAGACGGGUCACCAACAUAAAGACACAUAAAUCGAGAAGAGACAGGGCCUUACUUCCAGAGCCUUCACUCUGCUUUGUAGAGUAUCAUUAUUUCUGUAUACCUUUCUAGUGUGCAAUGCAUUGUGUGUGAGUGUGUGUGUGUGUGUGCACUUAGUGUGUAUGAGUCUGUGUGUACCUGUGUGAGUAUAUGGGUGUGUACAGCGUGUGUAUGUUACUGUGCGUAUGUGUAUGUGCAGGUAUGGUUGUGUGUUUCUUAACCUUUAAUAAAAGUAUUUUUCAUCAUUGCUUCUACCUCAUGAAUCUAAUAUAUAUAUCUGCUGUUACCGGUUGCAUGCAUGCUUUACUCUUCCCUUUAAUUUCUUGACUUGCAGAGAAAAUGAACCCAAAACAGUCAUACAAGUUAAGACUAAGGAAACAGCCUCCUCUGGCCCCCUGACCAUCCAUACACAUGCAGUGCGCACGCACACACAAAUACAUGCCUACAAAGAAACAUACAAAAUGCAAAUUUAAAAAAUGUUUUUUUGAAAUUUAUUUAUUUAUUUUACGUAUAUGAGUACAGUGUAGCUGUCUUCAGACACACCAGAAGAGGGCAUCAGAUCCCAUUACAGAUGUUUGUGAGCCACCAUGUGGUUGCUGGGAUUUGAACUCAGGCCCUCUGGAAGAGAAGCCAGUGCUCUUAACUGCUGAGCCAUCACUCCAACCAAUAGAAAACAAAAACAAAGACAACAACAACAACAACAACAACAACAAUAACAACAACAAAAGGCUUAAUGCGGCUAGUAUUAAAAUGUCCAACAUUUUAUUACACUCUAUUAAUGUGUUCGACCAUCAUAUUAAGUCAUUUUCUUUAUUCCUACUGUUUUCCAGCUAUAGACUGCUCCUCUGUUCUCUGCCCUAGAACUUGCACUUGCCCAUUACAAAUUUUGUACAUUUGGCACCUAGUUCAAACUUCUUUGCUUUCUUGCUACAAAAUUACUCCAAGAGUUUGAAAAAAAUAAAGUAAAAUCUCCAGAAAAUGAUUUUGCUUAGCUUCUAUGAGGAGAAAAACACACUGACACUGGAAUGUUACCAGACAUCUUUUUUUUUUUUUAAUUUUUUCCCCAUCUUUAUUAACUUGAGUAUUUUAUUACAUUUCGAUUGUUAUUCCCCUUCCCGGUUUCCGGGCCAACAUCCCCCUAGCCCCUCCCUCCUCCCUUUCUAUAUGCGUGUUCCCCUCCCCAUCCUCCCCCCAUUACCACCCUCCUCCCAACAAUCCCACUUACUGGGGGUUCAGUCUUGGCAGGACCAAGGGCUUCCCCUUCCACUGUUACCAGACAUCUUAAAAAAGCAAGACGCCAUCUAGUGGUAUAGAAAUGCAGUCUGCAGUGGAAAUCCCUUUAGUAUCACAGUUUGUAUUUGUAUUUGAUUUUAUUCCUCUCCUGGUCUAGCCCCUGAGGGUUUUACAUCCCAUGCCUCCUGCCCACCCACCCUGCCCUGUUUCCAAAAAGAUGUCCCCAAGUCAACCACCCCACCGGACCUCCAAACUUUCUGGGGCUUCCAGUCUUCUGACGGUUAGGUGCAUCUUCUCUGACUGAACCCAGACCCGGAAUCCUCUGUUGUAUGUGUGUUGGAGGCCUCAUAUCAGGUGGUGUAUGCUGCCAGGUUGGUGAUCCAGGGUCUAAGAGAUCUCAGGGUUCCAGGUUAAUUGAGACUGCUGGUCCUCCUACAGGAUUACCUUCCUCCUCAGCUUCCUCCAGCUUUUCCCUAAUACAACCAAAGAGAUCAGCAGUUUCUGUCCAUUGGUUGGGUGCACAUAUCUGCAUCUGACUCUUUCAGCUGCUUGUUGAGUCUUUUGGAGAGCGGUCAUGAUAGGUCCCUUUUUGUGAAUGCCCCAUAGUUUCAGUAAUGGUGUUAGAUUGUGGGGCUUCCCCUUGAGCUGGAUCCCACUUUGGGCCUCUCACUGGACUUCUUUUUUCAGGGUCUUCUCCAUUUCCAUCCCUGCAUUUCUUUCAGACAGUAAGAAUUAUUAUGGGUCAGAGCUUUGGCUGUGGGAUAGCAACCCCAUCCCUCACUUGAUGCCUGGUCUUUCUGCUGGAGGUGGAUUCAAUAAGUUCCCUCUCCCCAUUAUGGCCUUUCAUCUAGGGUCUCCCCCCUUUGAGUCCUGAGAUUCUCACACUCCCCAAGUUUCUGAUACAUUCUAGAGGAUCUUCCCAACCUCCUUUUUCCUGGGGGCACUUUUUCCCAUUAUUUUUGCUGGCACUCAAGGCUUCAAUCUUUUUCCCCCACCCAAUACCAGAUCAUAUUUCCCUCUCCCCCCAACCCUAUCCACUUUCCCUCCCUGUCCCUCCUUCUUUCCCCCCUUUUGCUUGUUUUCUUCUCCCUCCCAAGUAGAACUGAGGCAUCCUCAUUUGGGCCCUCAUCUUGUUCACCUUUUUGAGUUCUGCGGAUUGUAUAUUUGGUAUUCUGUACUUUUUUUUUCUUUGGCUAAUAUCCACUUAUUAGUGAGUACACACCAUGCAUGUCCUUUAGAGUCUGUGUUACCUCACUCAGGAUGACAUUUUCUAGUUCCAUUCAUUUGCCUGUAAAACUCAGGAUAUCCUCGUUCUGAUAGCUGAGUAGUAUUCCAUUGUGUAAAUGAAUCACAUUUUCUGUAUCCAUUCUUCUGUCCUGGGACAUCUGAGUGUUUCCAGCUUCUGGCUAUCAGAAAUAAGGCUUCUAUGAACAUAAUGGAACACGUACCCCUGUGGCAUGGUGGGGCAUCUUUGGGGUAUAUUCGCCAAGAAUGAUAUUUCUGGGUCCUUAGGUAGGUCUAUUUCCAAUUUUCUGAGGAAGCUCCAAAUUGAUUUCCAGAGUGGUUGCACCAGUUUACAAUCCCACCAGCAAUGGAGGAGUGUUCCUCUUUCUCCACAUCCUCACCAACAUGUGUUGUCACCUGAGGUCUAUUUUCAUUUUUCUACGUACAGACAUCCAGUUAGACCAGCACCAUUUAUUUUUUCAUUGUAUAUUUUGGCUUCUUUGUCAAAGAUCAAGUGUGUGGUUUUAUUUCUGGGUCUUCAAUUCUAUUCCAUUGAUCAACCUGUCUGUCUCUGUACCAAUACCAUGCAGUUUUUAUCACUAUUGCUCUGUAGUAGAGCUUGAGGUCAGGAAUGCUGACU